AUGAGCGCGCAUGGGGCAUAUCACUCAGUCAAUAGGUGUGAACGAGUUGAUCUUAGAGUCAGAUCUAAUUUGUCCAAAGGCAGCGAGGCAGGAGUUCCAGCAUCGAACAUAAGGUUGAUUGAUCGCUACGAGGAGCUUACAACUGGUGGGCUUCCUAAGCUCAAAGAAGAAGUACGAAGAGCUAAGGUUGGUAUUUUGGGUGGUAAGAGCUGA